GAUCUCAGAACCGCUCAACGGGUUGUUUGUUUUAACUCAGUGUUUUCCGUUUUAGCUUGUUUUUGUACAUAGACAAUGCUACCCUCCCUUGUCUGAAGUUUGCUGUUUUCCUCUAUGGUUAACUAUCAAUGUCAUGCAUGUUUGUGUCAGCCACAACUCUAAACUUAAACUUGAUGGACAUUGUUUCUGUCAGUUAAAGGAUCUUUGUCUACAUGUUUGCUUGUACAUCAUGUAGCCAUCCACCCAUUCCCCCCCUGGAUGCUUAACCUGGUUGUGCUCUCCAGCUUAACUGUGUGACUGAGCUCAGAGACAGAGAGGGAGAUGCCUCCCAGGCCAUCAUCAGGAGAGCUAUGGGGCAUCCACUUGAUGCCUCCCAGGAUCCUCGUGGACUGCCUGCUUCCCAAUGGAAUGAUUCUGACCCUCGAGUGUCUCCGAGAGGCCACGCUCAUCACCAUCAAGCAUGAGCUGUUCAAAGAGGCCAGGAAAUAUCCCCUCCACCAACUCCUACAGGAGGAGACGUCCUACAUCUUUGUCAGUGUGACACAGGAAGCAGAGCGGGAGGAGUUCUAUGAUGAGACCAGAAGACUAUGUGACCUCCGACUCUUCCAGGCCUUCCUCAAGGUCAUUGAACCAGUUGGCAACAGAGAGGAAAAGAUCCUCAACAGAGAGAUUGGUUUUGCCAUUGGUAUGCCCGUGUGUGAGUUUGACCUUGUGAAGGAUCCCGAGGUCCAAGACUUCAGGAGAAACAUCCUGAAUGUUUGUAAAGACUCUGUGGAGCUGAGAGACGCCAGCGGGCCCCACAGCAGAGCGCUGUAUGUUUAUCCACCGAAUGUAGAAUCCACACCGGAACUUCCCAAGCACAUCUACAGCAAACUGGACAAAGGUCAGAUUAUUGUGGUGAUUUGGGUGAUUGUUUCUCCAAACAAUGACAAACAAAAGUAUACAUUGAAGAUCAACCACGAUAGUGUACCUGAACAGGUGAUUGCAGAGGCCAUUCGAAAGAAGACACGCAGCAUGCUGCUGUCCCCAGAGCAGCUAAAGAUGUGUGUUCAGGAAUAUCAGGGUAAAUACAUUCUCAAAGUGUGUGGCUGUGAUGAGUACCUGCUGGAAAAGUACCCCAUCAGCCAGUAUAAGUAUAUCCGGAGUUGCAUCAUGCUCGACAGGAUGCCGAACCUGAUGCUCAUGGCUAAGGACAGCCUAUACACUCAGUUGCCAACGGAUAACUUUGUCAUGCCGUCCUACUCUCGCCGCAUCUCCACGGCAACAUCCUAUUUGAAUGGCGAGGCAUCUGCCAAGUCGCUGUGGACCAUCAAUGGAACCCUGCGAAUACGAAUCCUCUGUGCCACCUAUGUUAACGUUAAUAUACGGGACAUAGACAAGAUAUAUGUGAGAACAGGCAUUUACCAUGGAGGUGAACAAAUGUGUGACAAUGUCAACACACAGAGAGUACCCUGCUCUAACCCCAGGUGGAAUGAGUGGCUCACCUAUGAUAUGUACAUCCCAGAUAUACCCUGCGCUGCAAGACUCUGCCUCUCCAUAUGUUCUGUGAAGGGCAGGAAGGGAGCCAAGGAGGAGCACUGCCCACUAGCUUGGGGUAAUAUUAACUUGUUUGACUACACUCACACUCUGGUGGCCAACAAGAUGGCUCUGAACCUCUGGCCUGUCCCUCAUGGCCUGGAGGACCUCCUCAACCCCAUUGGAGUCACAGGGUCCAACCCUAAUAAGGAAACCCCAUGUCUGGAGCUGGAGUUUGACCACUAUAGUAGUUCAGUCAAAUACCCAGAUAUGAAUGCAGUAGAGGAUCACGCAAACUGGACCAUCUCGAGGGAACUGGGGUAUAACUACAACCUCUCUGGACAGAGCAAUCGCUCGGCCAGAGAUCACGCUCUGACAGAGAGCGACACCGAGCAGAUGAGACAGCUGAGUAACAGAGACGCUCUUUCAGAAAUCACUGAGCAGGAGAAAGACUUCCUCUGGAGACACAGGCACUACUGCAUGAUCGUCCCUGAGAUCCUUCCCAAAAUCCUCCUCGCUGUCAAAUGGAACUCCAGAGAUGAAGUAGCACAGAUGUAUUGUCUGUUAAAGGAAUGGCCGUCUAUCCGCCCUGAGCAGGCCAUGGAGUUGUUGGAUUGUAACUAUCCAGACCCUAUGGUCCGGCACUUUGCUGUACGCUGCCUUGACAAAUACCUUACUGAUGACAAACUGUCCCAGUACCUCAUUCAGCUUGUACAGGUAUUAAAAUAUGAGCAGUAUCUUGACAAUCCCCUGGCCCGUUUCCUCCUGAAAAAGGCCCUGACCAAUCAAAGGAUAGGUCAUUUCUUCUUCUGGCAUCUCAAGUCAGAAAUGCACAACAAAACAGUGAGCCAGAGGUUUGGGCUGCUGUUGGAGGCUUACUGCAGGGCAUGUGGCAUGUACCUCAAACACCUGAGCAGGCAGGUAGAGGCCAUGGAGAAGCUCAUUAACCUCACUGACAUCCUUAAACAGGAGAAGAAGGAUGAGACACAGAAGGUCCAGAUGCGGUUUCUUGUGGACCAGAUGAAGAGACCGGACUACAUGGAUGCUCUGCAGAACUACACCUCUCCUCUCAACCCUGCACACCAACUGGGAAACCUGAGGUUAGAUGAAUGCAGGAUCAUGUCAUCAGCAAAGAGACCGCUGUGGCUGAACUGGGAGAAUCCUGACAUCAUGUCUGAGCUGCUCUUUCAGAACAAUGAGAUCAUCUUCAAAAAUGGAGAUGACUUGCGGCAGGAUAUGCUGACGUUGCAGAUCAUUAAAAUCAUGGAGAACAUUUGGCAGAAUCAGGGACUGGACCUUCGGAUGCUCCCUUAUGGCUGUCUGUCGUUAGGAGACUGUGUGGGUCUCAUUGAGGUGGUUCGUAGCUCCCACACCAUCAUGCAGAUUCAGUGUAAAGGAGGCUUGAAAGGAGCCCUGCAGUUCAACUCAAACACUCUGCAUCAGUGGCUCAGAGACAAGAAUAAAGGCGAGAUGUAUGACUUGGCUGUGGAUCUGUUUACAAGGUCCUGUGCUGGCUACUGUGUAGCUACAUUUAUCCUUGGGAUAGGAGACAGACACAACAGCAACAUUAUGGUCAAAGAUGAUGGACAGUUGUUUCAUAUAGACUUUGGCCAUUUCCUGGAUCAUAAGAAAAAGAAAUUUGGCUACAAGAGAGAACGAGUUCCCUUUGUACUGACGCAAGACUUCCUCAUCGUCAUCAGCAAGGGAUCCCAAGAGUGUGCAAAGACCAAAGAGUUUGAGAGGUUCCAAGAGAUGUGUUAUAAAGCCUACCUGGCGAUCCGGCAGCAUGCUAACCUCUUCAUCAACCUGUUCUCCAUGAUGCUGGGCUCUGGCAUGCCUGAGCUGCAGUCCUUUGAUGACAUUGCCUACAUUAGGAAGACAUUAGCCCUGGAGAAGAGCGAGCAGGAGGCGUUGGACUAUUUUAUGAAACAGAUGAACGAUGCCCACCAUGGAGGAUGGACCACCAAAAUGGACUGGAUAUUCCACACAAUUAGACAGCAUGCACUUAACUGAUCUCCUGCAAACAAACACAAACACACCAGUACUGGAGGAACAGGAAGUUUGCAGCUUGAUUUAUAUGUUUUUCAUCUUCUUUUUUUUUUAAAACACCAUUUUUAUUUAUCUAAACAAGGUUGCAUUGUUUCUUAAUUUUCUGGCCAUUUUCUGCACUCCUGAUGCCCUCACUUAACCCUCUUCUUGUUCUGGAGUCGACAAGAGAGCAUUGUCCUCAUGUCCUAAUGAAGACGUGCCCUACCUGGAUGUUUUUUCCCCCUCCUAACUUUUUGGAGUAAUUUGACCCCUUACCUUGCUACUCUUUCUGGAAAAACGAUAAUUGGACAAAACAGCAACAAGAAAAGGUAUCAGCCAGUCUUUAAAUGUAGCCACAAAGUAAGUUCAGCUUGCUUCCCUUCUGCUGUGUUACUUCUGCACUGUGGCUCCACCUCAGAAAGGAGAUGCUUGGGAACCUUUUUUGUAAUCGUAUGACGACAACAAGGAACUUCUCUUACACAAUCAGUGCUCAUCAAAUGUGUUGCACAGUGCAGGAUUACUGAAGUGUGGGGUCUUCUGUGAUGACUAUCACUGCACAGUCUUCCACUGUAUUUGUGGUGAAGUUGAUUUGGUGUCAGCUUUGCCACCUUUUCAACCUUUGUGAGGGAAUUUCAAAGCAUAAAAACUACAGGGUUGUUCUGCACAGCUCUACAGUCUCCCGGCCUCUUUGACAAAGCACUUCAGCCGUGGGAACAUUUGCUGAUGGUGCAGCUUUAGACUCUUGCAUAAACUUCAGGGUAAUGAUGCAUCUCCAUUAAGAAAAGACAGCACAUAUAAAUAAUAUACAGAUUUAUUAUGCCUUUUUGAAUUUAUUUAUAUAACCAGUUUUAUUUCAGUUUAUGUAAGUCAAAACUCAACUCUCCACAACCAUUGCCAUUGUACAUAUAAUCAUUUGUACUUGUGUUUACCAAUUUACUUCAUUUUCAGACUACCACAAGUGCAACAACCUUUCUCUUUAAUCUCGAUUAUUGAAUUUAGCUCCCAUUUUCUUUUGCCUUCGUCACUUUUAAGGUAAACAUCUCAUUUGACCUAUCCAGUAGUAGCCCAAUGUUGUGUUAUGUGGCUAGUGUGCAGCCCUACUUGGAACUUGUAGAAAUUAAUAAGAAUGAAAGUGCCAGUCCUAUUUUAAGCCUCUGGCUGUCUGUUUUAUUGGUGAGCAGAAGUCCAGGGGAAUGUCAUGUCUUCCUGUUGAUAAAAUGCCUUGGCAUCACAACACUGCACACUGCUAAAUCCUACAGUGUCUCAACAUGUUGGAGUAGGCAUAACGGCACUUUUUAACAUGAAAAGCUAGAUCUGUUCUUUGUGUAUUAUUAUCUCUCACCAUAUGAGGCUGAUUUUCUCCCAUUGGAAUGUCUUUAACAAGUCAUGAACAGAAGUGCAUUUUAACUGUAUUUGUACCCAGAACCCUUUUCACUGAGCCCAUAACCCUGGCAGUAUUGGAGCAAUGCUCUUUGUUGUCAUACGCUGUUAAAGCCAUUCUCCUUAUACACAAUAUUACAUUUUACAGAUUUCUCCGGAACCAUUGGAGUCUGUAGCUUUUACAACAUUUUAAAGUCAGUAAAAUGGCAGUUGCACAAACCCGUGAAUUAAUCAAGCGAAGCAGCGCAUGUGGGCGAACCUGACACAAAUCUUUCAAAAUGAAUUUCCUAGCUCAACAGUGGGCUUGCAGAAGCUGUAGAUGACUGUGUUUCUCCACCCACACCUUCCACACCUGUUGGGUCAGAAGGCAGAGGUUGUCGGUGAAGUCAAUAAAUCAAUUCAAUUCAGUUUAUUUUGUAUAGCCCAAAAUUACAAAUUACAGAUUUGGACAGAAAUCUGACAGACAGAAGUACAAUAGAUGUCAUGUGUACAGAAUGAGCAACGUAACAGAGUUACAGCACAUUCAAUGAGUAGGACAGAAACGAUUCAUAUAAUGAUCAGACUUCAGCAACAUUCUUUGG